UAGCUCACACACCUCUUCUGGCUCGCUCUCGCUCUCUCUCUCCUGCUCGGCUUUCGUCACCAUCCCCCUCCACUGGAUCCGCAAGGAGUAACGAGUGGCUCGACGACUUGCCCGAUGAUGAAAUUCCGCAGGAGGGAAAGCGAGCGCGGAGACUUCCAGCAGGCAGGCCAGCAGGACGUGGGGCGGCCGCCGCAGCCGGCUUCGUCCAAGAGGGUUUCGGACGCUUUCCAAGCGUCGCCGGAGCCUACACCUGUGGCUGUUCCCAUUCCGGCCACCAGCGCCCCGCAAUCCACGGCAUCUACGCCGGGAAACAAGAGCAGCGACACGACAACCAUCACCACGCAGACACCGGACAAUGUGAUCGGAGAGACCCUCGUGGUGCAGGGCCGCGUGGAAUUCCAGAACCUCUUGCGCAUUGACGGCCACUUCGAAGGGGAACUGAUCGGCAAUGGAAGUCUCAUCAUCGGCCCCACGGCUGAAGUGAUUUCCAACCUGCGUGGGCUCAACGAGGUCUACGUGGAAGGCAUCUUGAUCGGUGACUGCUCCUGCAACAAGAUGCAGAUCCGUUUCGCCGGUUGCGUGACGGGAAACCUCAUCUGCGCUUCUCUCGGCAUGGACCCCUCCGUGGUGCUCAAGGGAAGCGCCAACAUCAAUCCCAGAGAGAAGGUGGAAAAGACCAAGUCCAAAAGCGCCGCUCCUCGCCACAAGCAGGGCUCUCGGUCGCAGACUCGCUCGGCGGAAGACACCUCGUCGAGGGCAUCGACUUCAGUACUUAGCCCGGAGUCGGUGGGAUCCCGCGGCUCCACCUACGACAAGCAGAAACGACGGGCUAGCGAGAGCGGGGACUUGCGCCCCGAAGGCACUCGUCCGGAGGUUGGCGCGGCAGGAACGGGGCAUGGGCGCGAACCGUCCGACUCUUCUUCUUCAUCGGGAAUGGGUGACGACACUCCUCUGCCCCUGCCCCUCAUGUCUGCGAGCGGUGGUAAGGAUAAGGCCGGGCCCAAGAUGCCUGCGGGAGACGCCGUUAGUCGCUCGUCCGCGCCUAAAGCACCGGUCCAAGACGGGGCGUCCGCACCCGUCCGUAAGACGCCUGUCGUCUAGACAAGCGGGGGCACGGCAACGGUGUGGAAAAAAUGUAUUACGACACUUUCGGUAAAAUAGGUUUGAAUGUUGCACGUCUUCCCCCCCCCCCCUCCCCGCCAGGGCUUCGAUAGUUUUUCGUUUGUUUUUUUAUGAACCCUGUUGUGGACGGAGUGCGCGAAAAAACUACCAUGUUGGGGUUGGUCAUUCCGACGACGAGCUUGGCAGCAGGUUUUUACGCUUUGGGUGGGGAACAACCAGCUCCACAAAGAUCACGUGCGGACUGCUCGAAAUCGUGUUGGGUUGGUUUUACCGUAUGGCAACCGCGAAUCAUUUCGGUGUAUGGUUUGCUUUUAAGAGAUGCGUCACUUGGUUUGGGUGACCCUACUCGGGCAUGUCGCAGACCCUUCAUGGUGCAUGUGUCGAGUUUGUAUGUGGAGCUAGCUUGCGCGCCUGAGUGGGCACAACGCACGCCUUGCUCAUCGCCUGCGUCAGACAAGAGCGCGUAGUCGGAUGGUGCCAUGGCCGGUUAGCUUUACUUAUACUUUGAUCUGUAGGCUAAGCGGUACCAUCGCGCACAAGGUCCAUCGCAGCCUUGGUUGGUAUGUACGUGAGGCCAUGGUGAAAAGGAGGUGUGCAUGGUGUGUUUUGUCUUCGAUUUUCUCCCUCGUUUUACCUUUUAACCGUGGAUUUCAAACGCGAGCACCUCCAAGUAUGCAUGCAAUAGCAACAGUGUGUUAUGUAUGACGUAUUUCAGGUAUUCUUAGUAUUUAGUGCUCUGGUAGCCCUCGUUGCGUAAUAGUGCGCUGGUAGUUUUGUUGGUCGUUUGGUUCGAAGUUUUCUACUUCUAUGCUAUGUGAUAGAUGUUCUCGUCGUGUGUUGCUGGGGCGGGGAGUGCAAAUGGACUUAAGGUGGAGCGAUAUGUUGUGCCAGUUUAAUGUAGCUCCUUGUUUGCGUGUUUCUGUUUGUUGGGUGGUUAUAAUUGGCAAGAUUUGUUUGGGGGGGGGGGGAGGCAUUACGUCACCCCCGUUUAUGGUUUGCUCGGAAAUCACAAAAGCUCUGUUUACACAGGGGUUGAUAGCCUGGAGAGUUUCCACAAGUUUGAUGAGCGAAGUUAAUGACAUCCUACGGUUGCGCAAGGGGUAUUUUUUGCCGCAUUUCUCUGUUUUUGGCUGGGAUCCUUUUUGCCGCGCGUUUGCGUGUUUAACUUGCGUCUG